AUGCAUACCUUCCAUCUUCACAUUUCUCUUUAUACAGAGCGCAUUCUUUCCGGUGGACCGGCCAAUGUUGCCCACUGCAACCAAGCAGCCCAUGGUCUUGGUGUUGGUAGUUCCGCCUCUUCGGACGACCUCUUCACUAUACCCUUCAGUCCCACAAAUCCUUUCCAUUCGGCGGCCGUUAAUGCGGCUGCCGUGCUAAAUAAUGCCCCACCGUCGCCAUCUUGCAGCUCUCUGGCUUCGUCGGCACUAGCUACGAUUUCAACCGGACAAAUUAGGCAGACUACAGCCGCAUCGGCAUUAGCUGCGAUACAGGCUAGUGAGGAGAAGAAACUGGGCAAACUAGGCCCUCACCAUGUCCAUGGACUGUCGACCUUCUGCAAUGGAGCCUGCUGUAGACCAUGUUUGUCUCUUGCCAGACAACUAUCCCUGAGACAGAUUAAAUAG